CCCAGUAUGGCGGACGAUGCCGGUGCCGCUGCGUCCCAGCGGGACACACUGACUCUGGCCCGCUCCCAGGAGAGACGGCUUCCGCAGCCACUUCCACCCCUGCAGAUUCGCGUGCGGCCCUGGUGGUUCCCAGUGCACGAACUGAGACACCCGCUGGUUUUCUACUUGGAGGUUUGGCAGGCAGACCUGAUUUUCGGCCCACACCGAGACGUAAUUCCAGAGAUGGAGUGGAUGAGCCAGAGCCUGCUGUCAGUGGACAUGGUGGACAAUGACAACUUAGUUGAAGUCAAGGUCUUCGGACGGCCCCGCGUCCAGAAUCGGGUGAAGACCAUGAUCCUGGGCCUGGCUUGGUUUUACCAAGAACGUCGUGCCCGAGCUGAGAAGAUGAAACAGCUUGAGGAGAAUUUAAAGUCCAGUGCAUCAGGUUCCUACCCUGCCAAGGAUGCUUUGCUUGAGGAAACAGAAUUGUCACUACCGUUUGCUCGAAGCAUGAAAGUUUUCUGCUGUCUUUGGAACUUUGUCUGCAAACAGCUCAAAGGAGAUGUGGCCCAGGGCUUGCCAUCUGUAGAAGUGGUACUGGAGAAGAUGAUGGAGCUGACCAGGGCCAGUGGCGGGCAUCUCCAGUAG